CGCAGCAGGGGCCUGGAGCGCUCACCAUUGGCCGGCACAGCCGCUUGUCCGCGGCGAGGCGGGCAGUGGGCGGGGCGAAGGCGGGGCGCGCAGGUACCCGGGUCCCCGCCGGGGUUGGGAACACCGGCUGGAGCCACUGUCAGAUGUGACAUCUGGGCCCGGAGGGCGCGGACAGCCCGCAGGCGCACACAUCCCUUCUGAAAUGCAGAAUGCUGCUGUAGUUCGGACUCCUGGGGCUCACUCCCACCCUCGCGGCAGGCCCUGCCAUGGAGCCGGGCAGUGUGGAGAACUUGUCCAUCGUGUACCAGAGCAACGACUUCCUGGUGGUGAACAAACACUGGGACCUGCGUAUUGACUGCAAGACUUGGCGGGAGACCUUGACCCUGCAGAAACAGCUCCGACACCGCUUUCCAGAGCUGGCUGACCCUGACACCUGCUACGGGUUCAGGUUCUGCCACCAGCUGGACUUCUCCACCAGCGGGGCACUGUGCGUGGCCCUGAACAAGGCAGCCGCAGGCAGUGCUUACAGGUGCUUCAAGGAGCGGCGUGUCACCAAGGCUUACUUGGCGUUGGUUCGGGGCCACAUCCAGGAGAGCCAGCUGACAGUCAGCUAUGCCAUUGGCAAGAACAGCACGGAGGGCCGGACGCAUACCAUGUGCAUCGAGGGCACACAGGGUUGCGAGAACCCGAAGCCAAGUCUCACAGAGCUGCUGGUCCUGGAACAUGGGCUAUAUGACGGCAAUCCUGUAUCCAAAGUGCUGCUGAAGCCACUAACAGGCCGGACUCACCAGCUGCGUGUACACUGCAGUGCCCUCGGCCACCCUAUUGUGGGUGAUCUGACAUAUGGGCAGGCCACUGGACAGGAGGACCAGCCCUUCCGCAUGAUGCUGCACGCAUUCUACCUGCGCAUCCCUACAUUGGCCGAGUGUGUGGAGGCCUGCACGCCAGACCCCUUCCUGUCCACCCUAGAUGCCUGCUGGUGCCCCCACACCCUGGUGCAACCUCUUGACCAGCUUGUCCAGGCCCUGCGGGCUGCCCCUGACCCUGGACCCAUGGAUGGAGACCCUGGGCCCUGUAACCCCUCCGUACCCCUACCUGGACCAGGCUGGGGUCCCCCUGAGACCGAGGCUCAACAAACAUCCUACCUGCAGUGGCUAUCAGAGUGGACACUAGAACCAGACAACUGAGGGCCAUUGUGGGGUGCUGGGCUCAGCUGGGCAAGCGGCUAGCAGGGAAAGCAGAGGGCCAGGCAGGCAUGACUGUUGGAGAUCAGUGCUCUUAAGCUGUGGGAUUGAUGCCUGAUUAGGGGACCUUCUUCCCAGUGUCUCCUGGGCAAAACAGACUCUUCCUGCUUGAUCAGCUUUGUGGCUCCAAAGUUUCGCCCUAGCAGUGGUGGUGAACCUUUGGCAUAUGUGCUACAGCCAGGUGUUUGUUAUCAUCAAAUGCUCUAAAAGGUUACCCAUCACUGCCCUGUGGCCUCAUCUGACAGACUUACCAGAGGCCAUCUAGCUGGUAGCCUCAGAGCUAGGAUCUGGCCAGUCUUUGCCCCAGGUGAAUUCUAGAGCCCCACUCACCCAGAGGCCUCCUCACCUGAGCUUUGGCUGCAGGCCCACCCAGUCCUGUGUCCUGCGGCACUCCACUUUCCUCUGAUCCUCUUAACUUGCAGCCUGGCCAGAUCCUCUCCAGAAGUCCCACCCUGUCUUCUGCCAGGCCUUGCCUGCCUCAGGCCUUUGCUUUAGCUGGACUCUGCCCUGGGCCCUGCCCUCCUUUGCCUGCGUUCAGUGCUUGGCCCUGAUGCAUGGGGCUGUACGGGGCAUCAGCAGAGGCCUGUCCCUUCAAACCCAACCUCUGUGCUUCUGUGGGGCUCCUGGGGUCCUGAGCCCUAGCUGCAGCUCCUACUACAGCAGCACCUGCUUGGCUCCCACAUGACCACAUGGUGUCAGACUCUGCCUUUAGGAAGCACCCCAGCCUUCCCUUCUCUUUUCCCCACAAUAAUACCAUGCUCUUGACUGUACCUGGGACAUACGAUUUGGAAUAAAUGUUCAGUGAUCAAUGCCAA